GAGGCGGCGGCGGCGGCGGCGGCGGCUGAGGGAGAGGGAGCCAGAAUAGGAUGGGGCACUGAGGGAGUCUGGAGGCGCCGCGGGAAGUCGAAUAAUGGCGCGGAGCAGUCGGGCUCUCGGCAGGGCUCUGGUGGAGAGGUUGGCAGUGCCUUCGCGUAGAGUAGCCCUCAGGCAUUUGACUUCUUGGGAAAUAUUGGUGAGCAAAGCACCACUGCCACAAAUACCAGCAAAAAAUUGUGCCUUUCCAAGAAGAACUUACUUCAACUUCACUGCACCAUUCGUGAACAAAAGGAAAGAAUAUUCAGAGAGAAGAAUUAUAGGGUAUUCUAUGCAAGAAAUGUACGACGUGGUAGCUGUUGUAAGCGAAUACAAGAACUUUGUUCCUUGGUGCAAAAAAUCAGACGUAUUAUCCAAACGUACAGGAUACUGCAAAGCUAAAUUAGAAGUAGGAUUUCCUCCUGUGUUGGAAAGAUACACAUCAGUUAUUACACUAGUCAGACCUCACCUGGUUAAGGCAUCCUGUACAGAUGGAAAACUAUUUAAUCAUCUGGAAACCGUGUGGCGCUUCAGUCCAGGAAUUCCUGGCUAUCAAAGGACAUGUACCUUGGAUUUUUCAAUUUCUUUUGAGUUUCGCUCCCUUCUGCAUUCUCAGCUUGCCACAUUGUUCUUUGAUGAAGUUGUUAAACAGAUGGUAGCUGCAUUUGAAAGAAGAGCAGGCAAGCUCUAUGGUCCAGAAACUACAAUACCUCGAGAGUUAAUGCUUCAUGAAGUGCAUCAUACAUAAAGUAGUUUUGACAUUUCUUGGGACACCAUCUUUACAUAUGAGAUGUUUUUCUCAUGUGGGCUUCCAAUUACAUGGGGCAUUUUUUGCCAAUUAUGUAUAAUACUACUGUAUAAAACAUGCAUGUAAGAUGCAGGUGUACAUAGAAGCUUCAGUCAAGUGCAAUUCUAAGGUGCUGGUAAGUUCACUGAGUGGCAGCUACAUUUACAAUGGCCUCCCCUCAUCUUUUCAGCGUGUAUAAAACUCAGCACUGUUACCAGGUCUAUAGCCUUAUUUUGACAAAAUGUUUAAUAUUUACUAUUGAAAUCAAGGUUAAGUUAUUAUUUUAAAUGCAUAUUUAAGUUAUUUUUAGUAUUCAAAACUAGCUUUUAACAAGCAGUGUGCAUUUCUAUAAACAAGAGUUUUUGUAGUGCAUAAACUUUAGUAACAAACUUAAUAUGCAGUAUUUUAGUAAGUUGUAUGAAUCCUACAGAAAGGGCUCAGAUUCAUCAGUACAUUAUUUAAUAUGGUACUGUAGUAAACUGUUGCAAGGUUCCAACAGGUAACUUACCUAUACUAGGGGUCUUCUAUGAAUAAUCAUUAAUUCUAGCUUUAAAAAACGUUCCAGUUAAUGACAAACCAUAAUGCCUGGGGGGGUUUAUGGCUCUCUCCUACCAGCAGAACUGACAGUGCUAACAAAGCACAUUCCCCACCUUCCUCCAUAGUUGGAAAACAAAUUAGGAAUAAACAGGAAAAAGAAUACCACUGUUUGCCAGAGUUGGCUUCUGUAACUCUGGCAUUAACUAUAGUUUAAGUUAAAACAGUGUAUUUGUUAUAUAUUGCUGUACUCACCACUUGUAAUAGUUUGAUGGUUCUAGCUUGAUUCAUAAACAUACUAUUUGCCCUAUGACUAUUUUUGAUACUAUACACUCCUCUCAUUUUUUAUUUUCAUAAAUGUGAGAGUACUGUAAUCUAUGGUCAGCUGUAUUCCUUACUACAAACUGUUUCACAAUGGUCAUAAGCCCCAUCAUCAAAUGAACUCUCUGGAACCUUAAUCAUGAAAAAUGGUUACUCAGGCAAGAAAGGUUUGUAGAUCAAAUUGAAGUACAGCUGGAUUCUAAAUGGCUUCAGUGCAGUUCUAAUUUCAGUCACAAUGUUAUCAAAACUGUUUUGUACUAGAAAGGCAGCUCAAUCACUCUGCUUUCUAUUUUCAUGUAGUUAAAGAAAAAUAACUUGACAACUAUUUUAUAUGAAAGUUUUAACUUUUGAAAAAUAACCUUUCCUUGAAAAAUAAGACUUUAAUAAUUAGUUAUUGUAGUUGGCUAUGAAAUCCAAAAAAAUAUUGUCUUGGAAACUUGGGAUGAACAGAUUAUGUUGUGAAUAAGUUAAUACAUACCAUACCAUACCUUAGAGCAAUUGUUUUAUUACAUAAAGUUGUCACAUAAUUGUAUAUUUGUCUACUUUGUACACAAUUUUAUUCAGUCUUGCACACAAUGACUUCUGCAUUUUUUAGUGACAGCAGGCACCAAUAAAGUCUUAUUUAGCAGAAUUGCAAGUGCUUCAACUGGUUUUAAGUUCAGAGCACAAGAUUGGUACAUGGAUCUGCGCCCAGUAUCAGGAAUGUACAAAUGUCUUUAU